AUGCCAGCCCUGGCGCGCACCAGCCCCAGCGGCACCAACCACGGGGCCGUGGCGCAACGCAGGCACUGGCGGCAGAGCCCAACAAGGGGCUCAGGGGGCUCGGGCAGGGAUGCUCCUUCCUCCCCCCUGCACCUCCUCGGGGAGACAGGCAAGGAAGAGCCGGGCAGGAGAUUUGGCACCGGUGAGGACCACCAUGCCAAAGCAUGGAAAAAGCAACUUCUGGAGGCCCCCCGACCCACCAGCGGGGCCGGGCGGCCCCGGGGGCCGGGCCCCCCGGCCAGCGCCUUCCCGCCCGCCGAGGACGACGGAGGCGCUGGCGGGGGCCGGCGCGGGUCGCUCACCGCCUUUCCUUUCUGUCAGGCCACGGGCCUGGGCGGGACAACGAGCGCGGGGCACGGCGCGGAGCAGAUCGAGAGCAUGGAGCCGGUGAGGGAGCGGGUCAUCAGGGUGACUUUCAACGCGGACGUGCAUUCCAGCCUCCAGUGGAGCUUCAGACCCCAGCAGAGGGAGAUCUACGUGGUACCAGGAGAGACUGCACUGGCAUUUUAUAAAGCAAAAAAUCCUACUGACAAACCAAUAAUUGGAAUCUCUACCUACAACGUCAUACCCUUUGAAGCAGGACAGUAUUUCAAUAAAAUACAAUGUUUUUGUUUCGAAGAACAGCGGCUAAAUCCUCAAGAGGAGGUGGACAUGCCCGUCUUUUUCUACAUUGAUCCCGAAUUUGCAGAGGACCCUAAAAUGGCUAAAGUUGAUUUGAUCACCCUCUCUUACACCUUUUUUGAAGCCAAGGAAGGACAGAAGUUACCACUUCCUGGAUAUCAGUGACAGGCAAUCGCGACACCGUUUGACUUCUACUACCUGACUACCAGUUUUGAAACCAUUUUUCCAUGGAAGGAAAAACUGCAGGAGUACUGUGCAAUAUGAAAUUAUAUUAUUAAACCACCAUGGGCACA